UCUACAAAUACCUGAGUGUGGGUGUCAAGAAGGGCUGCUCAAAGCUGAAGGAAGAUGUCUUUCUUCCCCAGAAUCUCUUUCCAGCGGGAAGUUGAAGAGUACCUCACCAAAGUGUUCAGAAAUAAUGAGCUUAUCACUGCUUUAGGUGCCCAGGAGGUGGAGUGUAAAUACCAAUCUCUGUUAAAUCACCUGUCUCAUCCACCCAGCUUCACAACUGUCAGAGUUAAUACUCACCUGGCCUCAGUGAGAGAGGUGAAAAAACUGCUGUUUGAAGAGAUCCAGAAGCAAUUUAAAGGACUGUGUGUUCCUGUUCUUGAGCACCCCAGACUCCAGGAUAUCCUCUUGAUUCCUGUCAUUGGACCCAGGAGUGAUUUGCCAAAACACCCCUCUGAAGUGAUCGUUGGAGCCCACUGUGGGUAUGCAGUACUCCGAGGAGCACAUGUUUAUGUCCCUGGAAUAGUAUCCACCUCCAGAUCUAUGAAAGCUGGAGAUCUGGUCUCAGUGUAUUCAGAUAUUGAAGGCAAGUGUAAAAGAGGAGCCAAAGAGUUUGAAGGAGUGAAAGUCUUCCUUGGCAAUGGGAUCUCGGAAGUCAGCCGCAGUGAAAUCUUCAGUGCAAGCGGCCCGGUGAAUGGGCUGGGCAUCAGAAUGACAGAGCCAGUCUACCUCAGUCCUUCCUUUGACAGUGUGCUCCCAAGGCUCCUGUUUCUGCAGAACUUGCCUUCCGUGGUUGUGAGCCAUGUUUUGAACCCUCAACCAGGAGAGAGAAUUCUGGAUAUGUGUGCUGCCCCUGGAGGGAAGACAACCCAUCUUGCAGCAUUAAUGCAUGACCAGGGUGAAGUGAUAGCCAUGGACAAGGUGGCUAGCAAGGUCAGCAAGAUGAAGCAGAACGCUGACCUGCUCCAGCUGAGGUGCAUCAAGGCCUUUUGCUAUGAUGGAACAAAGGCACUUGCAGCUGAGGAGAGAGAGGCUGGACAAGAAGGACCUCCAUUCUCAGCAGAGUCAUUUGAUCGAGUUCUCCUUGAUGCUCCCUGCAGUGGGAUGGGCCAGAGACCCAACAUGGCUUUCCCCUUGACUUUGAAGGAAGUGACCUCUUACCAGCCCCUGCAGCGCAAGCUCUUCGCCGUGGCAGUGCAGCUGCUGAAGCCAGGAGGAGUGCUGCUCUACAGCACCUGCACGAUAACGCUGGCUGAGAACGAGGAGCAAGUGGCUUGGGCCCUGAAAACCUUCCCAUGCCUCCAGCUGCAGCCACAGGACCCUCACAUUGGAGGAGAAGGCAUGAGGGGAGCCGGGCUGCCUCCCGACCAACUGAAGCUGCUGCAGAGGUUCGAUCCAUCUGCUGCCACGCUGCAAGGAAUGGACGGUGCUUGUUUGCAAGACUGCGGGGCGGAGGAGCUGGUUUCCCGGGCAGACAAGGACUGCAUCGGGUUCUUCAUUGCAAAGUUUGUCAAGGGGAGCAGCGGGGCAGCAGCGCGCAGCGCAGCGCCGUGA